AUGUCUCAGGACGCGCCCGGCUCCCACUGCAAGAGCGCUCUGGACAUCAGCAGCCUCGAGGCCACCGACCCCGACGAUGCCAAGGCAGAGGAGGAGAGCCUGCCCAGGCCCGACAACUACCUGUGGCUGGCCAUCCUGUCCUGCUUCUGCCCCUCGUACCCUGUCAACAUCGUGGCCUUCGUCUUCUCCGUCAUGUCUCUGAACAGCUACAACAAUGGGGACGUGGAAGGAUCCAGACAGCUGGGGCGGAAUGCCAAGUGGAUUGCCAUCGCCUCAAUCAUCAUUGGCCUCGUCAUCAUUGGCGUCUCUUGCGUAGUUCACUUCAUGAAAAAUUAA